AUGCCCACCUCAAGUAGACCUUCUACCUUGGAUAUGGGCCAUCUCCAGAGAACAACGUCGGCCAUGGGACACAUCGACUCGGAACUACUGGCUGAAGCAGACGAACCACCGGAAAGAAAGAACCACCUCGUUGACUCUCCGCGUCUUGACGCUGCCUUUAUCAAACAUCUUCCCCCGGCUUUUACUCGUAGAGAGUCUCUUCUCACACGACAACUUCACUCCCCGGAACCUGAACAUCCUCUUGAAGAUGAACACCAGCGCGCCAGGGCCAUCGUGCGUGGCAUGUCAGCGUGGAGUAACCAUAGCAUCGCCUCUACUGCCGAACUCACCAGCGACAAUGAUCUCACCAGCCCCGGGACCCGCGAGAGCACUCCCAGCCCUCCAUUACCGCCCACUUUAGUCAGAGAAUCCAUCCCGGCACUGGAGAAAUCACCCCAUAAGGAGCUCGUCAUCGUCGGAGACAGCAAAGUCAAGCCCGAAAAGUCCGUUGAGGCUGAACUUGGUCGCCCUAGAUGUAUCACAUUUGCUUGCGGCGGCAAGAAGCCUGCCUCAACCCACGUCGCCUCCGAAAGUGAACAGGAAAAGCAGCAAGCACCGGUCUUGGCUCUUGCAGAUCCACCAAAGCGCAAGACAUGCAUUACAUUUGCUUGUCCCUCUAAACCUGCCGUACAAACGAGUCCUCUCAAGGAAAAGACCAAGUCUAUGACCUUAGCUCCAAGCCAGGGCGCCAAAAUGAGGAUCGUGAGUCCAGGACCCAGAACCUCAAAGACUCAGGCAUCACCAAAACACUUCCCUAGAAACCAUCGCGGGUCUGACUCAACCGUCAAGAAUGACUCGCCUAAAAGCCUUCGCAAGACUCCCACGCUCCCUGUCCGAAGACGUAAAUACAGCAUCGACAAUGACGAUGUACCUGGCGAGGAGAGAAGAUUCCACGAAUUCGGUCCCUCGGAGGAAGAAAACGAGCAAUGGCUUGAAGAAUCCGGCUGUUAUCGCCAACGACUGACUGUCAAUGAUACUCUGUACAAAGAGAACAUUAUCAGACAGAUCGGCGAAGAAGUUGAGGAAGAGGCUAUCGAAGAGGACGAAGACCUCGAAGACGAAGAACUGGAAGAAGAUGAGGACGAUGAAGAUCUCGAAGACGUCGACGUUGAGGAAGCCAUCUCCGGAGAUGAAGUUUCCGAUGCAGGUUUCCAGACUGACGACGAAGACGGCUUUGCUGUGUCCGACAACGAAGACGAUGACAGCGAGAACGAAUGGUGGGCUCCCGGAGGCCGCUCAACUGCUGCUACCUCUAUGGAACAACUGGAGCCCAUCCGCCAUCGCAGAAGAACCAACUCGGAUUCAUCUCUUGGAUCAGCACAUGGCGAAAACAAGACCGCAUCAGCUCCCUACGGCAUGGUCAAACGCAGAAGCCGCGCACUCAAGAUCAACCGUCCUCAUACUCCCGAUCUCCCCGAUAGCACCGACUUCGUUUGCGGCACUUUGGAUGAGGAUCGCCCCCUGGAGCAAGCAUACAUAAUGAGUCUAGAGAGGAGAAAGGCCGCCAAGCACAAGGUCAAGCCUCAGGACAUCGAUCCCACCUUUCCCACUUCCGAUCCAGAUAUGGAUGAGGAGGACGACGAUGACGAGGAUGAUGAAGACGAAGAGAGUGAUCACCCUCUCUUCAUGCAAGGCAAGAUCGAGAUCACCGAAGAGCUGGGCUACCGCGGACGACGCGUGUCCAAGACCGCAACCAAGAAGAAGUCCAUCUCGCCUCCUCAUCAACGUCUUCGCUCGCCCCCUCCUCCCAAACAUCGUUCGCACCGCUCUCCUCCACCGUCAGCCAAACGUCUUCGUUCGCCUGCCCCUAUCAAGCGCACCGCUCACAAAUCACCACCUCCGCGAAAACUGUUCGGUCAAUCGCCCAGACGUAUGAAGUCACCUCCACCUCCACCUCGCCGUCCAACUUCUCCACCACCAUCUCCGCGCAGCUCUGUCGAAGGUGUUUCGGCCAUUAGUUUCACUCCAAGAGCGACUCUGGCUCGUCGUCCUCAGCCCACACACACUGCUUCGCUACCUCGAGUGGAGAGUCAGAUCAAGAUUGGCAAGCAUGCUAUGGCCACAUCGCCUGAUGAACAUGACGAUCCUUUGUCUGGUCUGAGAACGGCUCGUGGCGCAAUUGACAUUGUUAAGGGCCUGGAAAAGAAACGCCAACGACGCAAGGAAAAGCUCUAUCAGAAGCAUUGUCAAAAAGGCGGAAAGGAGCGCGAACGCAAACCGAAACCCGGCAAGGGCGCCGAAAGAAUGAGAGAAGUUGGGCUUGAGCUGGCUGCUUACAAAGGCAAGAAACAGCAUGUCCUCUCCUACUAA